UCCACCCCAUCGCACCCGGCCCGGAGCGCCGCCCCCACCCCUCGCUGUGCUGGGUGCGCCGCGGGCCUCUGCGUUCCUGGCCGGCUCCCCCCGCGCCUAGAAGGCGACCCCCGUGCGCCCCGGGUUCAAAGGCCCAGCGCGGCAGCUCCAGCCCCUCCGGGGGGCGGGGAGGCGAGGGGGGUGGUGCGGGAGCCAGAAAAGCCCGAGCCCACAGCCGGCCAGCCCUGCGCAGAGAUGGGCAGCGCGCUCUGAAGUUUGUGAUCGUCGCAGCCAACUCCUGGCCGGAGCCCGGGACGCAGCGAGCCAGCGGCCGGCCUCGAACCCCCACAGCUGGAGGCGAGGCCCGCUUGUCCGGCCCGAGCGCCCUUUCGCGGCCACAGGCACCCAUCCUCCUGGCCCGGUGCUGCCGCGCCUGAUCGGGGUUCAUGGAGCUGGGGCUGUGGUUCCUUUUUGGGCUCACAGUGGCCUCCACCGCAGGAUUGGUGCCUCGCCCCCAGCCUGGGGAUGCUGGCAGGAGCGGCGCACCCGGGGGUCCCCUAGCAGCCAGAUCUGAGGGGGACAGCGAGGAGACUGUGGCCACGACGGCAGCGCAGGGUCCAAGUCCCAGAAGCCCCGGGCAGGAGCAGGGACCUGGUCGGUUUGGGGAGCAGGCGGUCCCGGGGGACCCUGUGCCCCGCCGAGCCAGGCGCUGCACUUGCUUCACCUACAAAGACAAGGAGUGUGUCUACUAUUGCCACCUGGACAUCAUCUGGAUCAACACCCCUGAACAGACUGUGCCCUAUGGACUGUCCAACUACAGGAGCAGGAGGUCCGCUGGGCCGUUCCUGCAGAGCCCACAGCCUUCGAAGUGGACGGUACGCUGCGCUUGUGUGGAGAGCGACGACAGGGCCUGUGCGCGCUUCUGUACCCAAACCCUAGCUGUCGGCAGGAAUUCAACGGCAGCAGAAAAACCUGACAAAGAAGAAGUGCAGGCCAGCGGGGCCGACGGAGACCUGCGUCCGAGGAGGUUGAAGUCAAGGACAGACAAAGCCAGUAGGCUCUAGACCACCCAGUGCUUGCCCCCGGCAGUGGACCUCCCAGCCCUCGCCUGCCCGCUCUCCUCACUCUUUCAGAAGCCCCUUGAGAGGACGGGCCUGCAGCCUCCUGUGUUAGAAAGGCCUCAGUUACUGCUGCUACAUGCUUCACAUUUCCACCCCUUGGAGGACAAGGAGUGAGUUUUGCCUGGGGGAGAAAACCCACUCAAAAGGUUCUCACUUGACACUACACCCCGACCCCAAGAAUGCCCCAAUCCAAACCACCCCCGUUUCUCUAAUGGGUAAAAUGAUCCCAGAUGUGCCCUGGGGCCUGACACCUCCGACUCCAGUUUCAUGCAGGAAAUUGUUUUUGGAGAAGUAUGGCUUGUUGGGAAGCCACUCGCUGGCUCUCGACUUGACUUCUCCUGGAGAAUAAGUGGACGCCAAGCUAACUCUUUGCAAAUGUAAAAACGUGCCCAUCUUGUAAUAGAUGCAGCACACAGCGGGAGCAUGUGGACAUUCGUGUCCCCACAGAGAGCCGGCACACCGGGUGAGCCAGAGGGGCCGCUGGGCGUCGGCUUGCGGUGCGGAUGGUGGCUGCACAGGAGUUGAUGAGUUUGAAGCUUAUAGGAUUUAGAUAGAAAUUUUCAGCUGUGCUUGGUACCCACCAAAAGAAAGUAUCUCGAAAAGGAAAAAAGAAACCUUGAUAUUUGUGACAAGAAAAGAAGACAGUUAAUAUCCGUGGGUUUUGAGCCCUGGGACAAAGCAGAGAGCUUGCUCUCGCUCAGUUGACUGACUUUCUGCGCCUUUUGCAGACAGUCAGGCUAAUGCAUAAUAGGCCUUGUUCCCAGGAAGUCUGGUACAGGCGCCCCAGCUCAAGGCUGUUAGAGUGAAUACUUGCUUUCAUGAGUAAAUAUGGAUCUUUGGGGAAUGGCUUCAAAAUAAGCCACGAACACAAACUCUUUGUAAAUUAUGUAAAUUCCUAUUUAUCUGUAUAAUUGGCAACAACUGUGAACUGUAAUGCCUGGUAGUUCACAAUCUCCUUCAGCUGCGCUCUUAUA